GCGUGACCAAAAAGAGUAUGCUCAUGUAGCACCUAUUAAUGGGCGAAAACCACCCCAAAAAUAAAUAGAUGGCACACGAAAACACAGCUAAAUUAUUGAUAAACAAGUAAGUGACACCCUCAUUAAACUAGUAUUCAAUACCUAAAUUACCUAUUCAAUGAUGACAUGCAUGUACGGCCGCAGGUCAUCUACCUUUCAAAGCAUUACAAUGCAGCAAAAUUCCCAUUUUCAAACACGACACAACACUUACGGCAAUUAAUAAUACCUAUAACCAAUUUUAAUGAAACAUCCCUCUUUGUAAUUAAACAAAAGUACGAAAAGUACGGGUAAAAGACUAUUGAUUACAGUAAUCAAUGCGGGCUAAAGAACACCCUUUGGUAGGAAAAUCCAGUACUUGCUACUCAGUUAUGUGUUUACUUUCGCAAGUUUAACAUGUGCUUCCGUGUCACGGGAACUACCGGCGUAAUAUUUUUUUUAAAUUCGUGUAUGAAAUGAUUAAGUAUUCGGAGCAGGUGUUAUCAACGCCCCUAAAAACUGGAACAUUUAAAUCGGCAUCCCCGACACCUCCCCGAAUUACAUCAGCUUCAGCACAUGACAGUCGAUUUUCACUCACUCCACUAUGGGAAUUCGUAGUACGCACAAAAUCUCUUCCAGAUGGGCUAGAUCUCAACGUCUUCUUCCAAGUCAUCCAGGAGCGUCUCCAGAAUCCGGAACGCGAAGUGCGACAACACGCCCUUCGCGUUCUCGCAGAAGUUAUCCCUGUGAUAGACAGUGGAAUUUUAGACGGAAAAAUGCAGCAAAUCAUUCCAGAUUUGGUAACGAAUUUAGGCCACAUCGGACCGGCAGUUAGAAAGGGGGCGGUCGACUGCUUAAAGGUUUACCUAAAUUGCAGCAAUAACUCGGACGACAUUUUGAGGAACAUUGUGCAAAAUUGUGUCGAUAAAUCCAGCGAGAGUAAGACGCGAUCGAAUGUCGUUACCGGUGUCAUAAUCGCGUUACCAUUUCUAAUUAAGAAAGUAUCGCACGAUACGGUUACGUAUAUCAUUCGCGUAAUAUACGAUAAAAUGGUACAGAUCACUUACCAAGAGGUUGCGUUAAAAGCUCUGGUCAGGAUUAAGGAGCUAAUUGGGGAUGAACAUUUCAAUGAAUCGACUUCGGUUAAUUUGCGAAAAGAUUUUGAGCAAUUAAGCGACGUUUAUAACGUUGAUGGAAGGAACUUUAAUCAGGGGGGUGCGGAACGCUCUCCUUACCAUGUGAGGAAUUAUUGGAGCGAUUUUAACGACAAUAUCGUGGAGGAGGUCGAUGUGGAAUCAAGUUUAAUAGUCCGAAAAACUUUAAAUGAAAUUGUAGAGGAUAAAGUCAUUUUAGAGACUGAGAUUAAAUUGAAUUCUGGACCGGCGAUUACGAUGCAAAUUCACGAAGAGAGCAGGCAAAGUGUUUUGGGAGGAGGCGAGAGUGAUGAUCAGAGACGUAACUCAGUCGGUGUCGUUAAAGUAUUGAACGACGAUAGUCAUAGUGAGGAUUACUACGAGUCUCGACGAACACCAAGGCGCGUCCGCUUUGGGGGUGAAAUAGUUAAGCUACGUACCCCCGACAGUGAUAGUAAUCAUGCUAGUGAACCCGACGAAUCGACAAUAAUUGUGACACCGCGCGACGAGAAUUGCAACAAACCCCUAAUCGAAAUCCACUAUAACGACACAAAAACAAAUCGAACAAUUAGUCAUAUUCCUGUUUCGCAAAAAAAGAAGUCCAAGCCUGUGCGGUCCGUUCCGACCAGCCCUUCACGUAGUGAAAGCAAAGCGAAAAAGUUCCAUUCAACUCCCGACUUACGUGGUAAUAAAGUUCCUAGUAGUGCCUCUAAGAUACCUCGAAGAACUGAUAAGACUUGUAGUGUGAUUAAGGACCAAAAGACCUCGCAUACGACUACGAUUCAAAUCAAAUUUACGGAUCCCUGCCCCGCAAAAGACAGUGGCGAAGUGAAAAAAGUGGAUGCUGUUAAAAAGGAGGUGAAACCGAAACCGCCUCCGCUAAAAAUUGGCAAAACAGAAGAAAAGGACGAGAAAGGUUGUCCCUCGCACAAGGAGAUCGAGAUCUUUCACAAUCUAACCAGAAGUCCAGAACGAAGGGACUCCGAGCCGUUUUUUCCCAAGCCGUUCGAUGAAGGAAGGCAGAUAAAAACUGCAGACAUCGCAACCUCCCGCGUUGGCGAGGAGUCAAACGCACGUGAGGUGCAUACCGCCGGUGAAAUGCCCAACCACCCCAACAUGUCCAUCGUUGCAAGCAAUCCUUACGGCAGUUUCCACGUAUUUCCCGGAUUUACGGGCUCGCUUAGUUCAUCAACAGGUGCCGAAUCUCCAAUACCAACGAACGAUACCGGCGACUGCUUGACGUGUUCCAGUUCGGGCAGCGAUAUCUACAUCAUUGAGAAUUGGGAGGAUGCUGGAGUUAUCGAUGCGUCAAUUGUUAAGAAUCUCAAGUCUAAGGAUGAUUGGAGGAUGCGAUUAAAGGGUCUGGAGGACUUAAACCGAUCAUUACAAAAUCCGAACACAGUCAAGGCCUUGGAACCGAAAAUAUCUUCGCUACUUUUUUUCCUUUUCGGAUGUGAGCAGUACGUGAGAUUACAAACGGCGGCCGAGGACGCUUUGAAGAUUAUUUUUGCUAAUGCCUCAAUUGAGCAGCUACAAGGCCGUCUUGGACAAAUCGUUACCGCUUUGUGUAAGAUGGGAUCACCGGCGGGCGUGAGGCUCAGUAUUUUAUUGAUGAGGCGUAUUACGGCGGAGGAAUUUUUGGAUCAUUUAUUCAGUAGUAGUAUACUUGGAGCCAAAAGCAGUAAGAUACGAGAAGGUGCUUUACAAAUCCUCAUGACGAUAAGUCGAAUUUUCCCUAGUACCGAAAUUAACGUGCCAAAAGCCACCGAAUUUGUAACACCUUUACUGAGAGAUCGAAAGAAGCGAGUCCGUCGUGCAUCUUUAGAGACAAUAGCGAGCUUAGCUCAACUGGGAACCACAAAUACAGUUUUGGAAAUUGUCUCAAGAACGGCCGCUGAGUAUCCGGACAGGGAGCAACUUAAACGAGUCGUGCGAGCGAGAUUGGCACGAAGACAGUUACCAGCGGUUGAUCUAAACGGAAGUGUAAGUUACUCAGCGCCCAGCGGAGAAUCAGAACUCGAAUGGAUCUCCAUUGGAAGUGCGACACCAUCACCUCUGUGCACACAGCACAAUAUACUCAACCAAAGCACAGAUAGCUCCGUAUCUUCUCCUUUAAAGCUUGACCCAGCCAAGGUUGCUAACUAUUGGAAAAGUAACGCACGUCACAAUGAGAACACUGCAAGCUUUGAAAAAGAAGAAGAAUCGGACUGGUCACGAGAAUCCAACGAUGUUAAGGAUGAUCCCAAAUCCGAGAACAUACAAAUUUGGGCCGUGGACCCAUGGACCCUAUCAACACCUGUAAAAUUAUCAACCGCAAACGGCACUUUGCGACCGCUAUAUUUAAUACAGAGGGAAGCUCAUCAGACCAAUUCCACAAACUCGGCCGAGAGUUAUAAGGCGCUACGAUCGCCCAGGGGCAGAUCGUACUCACCGCCCAAAAGAAAAGUGGAGAACGUCACCAAGAACGAAGAAAGGGAAAGGUUUAUUGCCGUCAGUAACGAAAAUAAUUACUUUCAAGAUCUGCACAAAAGCGGUUCUUCCGAUCUGAUACGCACCAACGUGAUAACGCAAUCGGGAAGUACGUCCUCCUCAAACUCGGAUGCAUCGAUCCGUUCCGGGCUGUGGCAGAAAAGUUUUAAAUCCGCCAUACCUGUACCAGUUAGUUCCGAUACUAGGUUACGAUUUCGCACGCGACACCAAACGGAGGUUCCCAAAGGACCAGUCUCGAUACCGCCUCAAUUUUAUAGAACAAAGACUCCCAGUCCAGAGGCGACUCCUGAGCGAAAGUCGAUUUCGCAGCGCAGCGUGCUGGUCCGGCAACCGUUUUCUUCAAGUUCUGAAACAUCCGAGUUAUGUACACCACCGGCGGAACCACAUCUUGCAACGAGUUGCACUCAUAGCCUACAAGAAUCGCCCCUGAAGUCUCCACGUCAGAGUGAAAGCUUCGUAGAAGUGGACAGUCCGAGAUACCACAGCGAGAAUUUUACCGUUAUCGAAGAUAGCGCACCAGAUGUUUUAGAAGAAAAUAAAACGUUUAGUCGUGCGCAAUCGGCACAUUCGCACUUAGACCGUGACAGUUUGAACAUCAUCGAAGAGCUUUAUUCGGCGGAUGCUCGAGUAAAACGCGAGGACUCCUUUGAAACUCACGAUGAGUUUGAAAGUGAUGAAGCCCAUACCUCGCAAGAAACACUUAAGUCUGCACACAAAAAUUAUCCCGAACCGUUUUCUCUACCGAAAACCUUCAUAGAAACCAAACUUUCCAAGUCUGAAAUAAACAUUCAAAUUUCCCCAGAAAUUUUACGCAAAUCGGUGAACUCCGCACCUCCCCUCAAUGACCUUAUUCGCUACGACAAAAAAGAAACCACAGAAUCUACGGUGGAGAUCACCGUCCUUCCUGGCUCCCUCGCGGAGUACACCCCCAAGCACGAAUGCCCAGAAGUGAAAACGCCCAAGCAAAAACCACCACUGACCAGACAGUUUUCGCGUAAGGGCUCCGUCAGGUCAUCGAAGCGCGACACGACUCCCUUCCCCGACUACCUAAACCCAUUCCCAAAGGCGAAGGAUGGAUUUCACGAGACCCUAUCGCAGUUGGAGCAUCCCGAUUGGGAGGUGACCAUGAAAGGGUUACAGGGAAUGGUGAGACUGACCCGACAUCAUCCCGAGAUUCUCGAUUUGAACAUGCACCCAACGUGCGUUGCUCUCGGGAGGCACAUCCGAAAUCUGCGCUCGCAGGUGGCGAGGGCUGCAUCCUUGGCAGCUUCGGAAAUGUUUUCGAAUCAUAAAAAACCCUUAGAAGUGGAGUUGGAAGAAAUCGCCGUUCCGCUCUUGCAUCGAACGGCGGAUACGAAUAAAUUUUUGAGAAGCGACGCGAACGGGGCAUUGGAUAAGAUGUGUCUCCACAUGGCAGCUCCACGUGUCGUGUCGAUUAUCACCACAAAGGGUGCUGUGCACCAAAACGCAAUCGUCCGCUGCGCCGCUGCCCGGCUCCUUUGUUCCUUGACGAAUCGUUUAGGCGCCGAAAAAACGUUUCAACUUCCAAGGGAUACUAGGGAUAAGAUUUUGCAUACCGGCGCGAAUAUGCUGAUGGAAGGGAAUCUGGAUACGAGGAAACACGCGAAGAUGAUGUUUACUAAUCUCCUUGGUCACUCACAAUUUAAUAAAGCAAUGAUGGAGGCGGUCCCCCCUUGCACAAUGCGACAUAUUCAGAAAACGCUCAGAUCUUUGCAAUGAAACUAGAAUUUCUUUUUGUACAAUAAUUGUUAAUUUUGAAAUAAUUGUAGCAUCUGUCAAUUUUUUUUGUACGUUUUAUAACUUUACGUAGACUGUUAACAUUUUUAUGUAGUUUAUAAAAUAUGUAAAUGUAACUACUGUAUCUUCCAAUUAUUUAAAUU